AUGAAAAGUUGCAACAUGUUGGUGGCAACCCGACAUGGUCUUAAGAAUGAUUGCAUUGCUCUCCGUGAAAUUCCAACCAGAUCCUGUGUUCAAAAAACUUAUACACGUGAUGAAGGAAAUGUGGCAGACAGAUUGUAUUACUCCAUCUCAUUCAUUUUUUCAACGACGAUGAUGAUUAAAAUCGUACUUUUAGUUUUCAUUGUGUGUGUAGCUCGUACUAGUUUAGCACAAUGUUUUGUUAGUCCAAACUCAAAGAUCUGCGCUGCUGAAGGUCAAUUUUGUGAUAAUCUUGACUCUGUAUGUCAAAUAGGUUACUUUUGUGGUGCAAAUCCCACGUCUCCAUCAGGUGGUGACCAAUCUGUGAUGGCUGAUGGUCAAGGAUCAUUUGAACCAAUUCCAAAAACUAUUUGUAUCAAAAAUCUCAAACAAGGAGACAGAUGGUAUCCAGGUGACGAAUGUGAACCUGGAACAUACCAAAAUACAAUGAAUAAUAACCCAACCCCUACUUGUCAACCCAUCUACUGGGCAUCUCUCUCUCAAGAUUGUCAAACAAAUACUGAUUGUCAACCAGGAUUAGAAUGUUCUCCAGAUAAAAAAUGUGAACCAACUGGAUUAGCUGGAGAUAUUCAAUGUGAAAUGGAUUCUCAAUGUCAAUUUGGAUUACGUUGUAAUACAUCAACUAAUUUAUGUGAGAAAAGAUUAAAAGAAGGAGAGGAAUGUACAUUGUCAGAGUCGGCAUGUGAAGAAACUCUUUUAUGUGUCACUACCAAUGACAUUGAUAACAAAAAGACAUGUAUUAAACCAUUCUCAUUGACCGAGGGUAAUACGUGUGACGACCGUUUCGAGAUAUUCGAUGGCCAGUCUGGUCUAUACACAGGCCCAUGUCAAGCAGGCCUUCUCUGUCCAGACAACACAUGUGUCAAACCAACUUGGACAGAGCCAUCAAUCAACUGUACAUCCGAUUCAUUCUGUAACAAGUACGAAUCGUGUAUCUGUCAAGGAGGAGCAAAUAGCACAACGGGACAAUGUGUACCAAAAUACAUAACAGACGUAUCGAUCAUUCAAGAAUGUGCCAGUCUCACCGCAGAAUUAAAUCAAUGUAUCAUUGACAACAAAUGUCAAUCUCCAUUCCUUGAAUUCAACCAAGUGUAUUCUCAAUCGUGUAUGAUCAAGAAUUGUGCAUCGGCAUGUGAGAUCCAAGGUAAAUGUUCAGUACCUGAAUUUGACCUCCCAUAUAAUUGUUUUGAUGCCGAUUUUGACUAUGAAUCCUAUGGUACUUGUAGUAGUUCAUCCAACACCAUUCUACCAACUUUUAUCUUUAUUUCCAUCUUGAUGAUCAUCUCCUCACUUGUACUUUAA